AUAUUUACCAUAAUUAUUAUUGUUUCCAUCCUUAAUCUCUCGCGAAGAUACUUUAAGUCAAAAUCAGUCAACGGAACGAGAAAUUUAUUUGACGCUCCGAUCAGAUUCGCCCUUCCAUCGAUCUCUCGCUCGCUGAAGCUAUCUUCUUCGACGAAUUUCACUCCGAUUUCGUUUCUUGUGCGGUUUGGUUAUCGUUCGGAGCUUCGAAUCUCCUUAUUCAAUCCGAAGCUGGUGUCUACUUCUUUUUUUGGCUCUCUCCGCAUUUGGUAAAACUCAAGCCAUGAACACCGUCGUUGCUCAGUUGCAGAGACAAUUUCAAGACUACAUCGUUUCUCUCUAUCAACAGGGAUUUCUGGAUAAUCAGUUCUCUGAGUUGAGAAAGUUGCAAGAUGAAGGCACCCCUGAUUUUGUAGCUGAGGUUGUCUCUCUAUUCUUUGACGACUGUGCAAAGCUUAUCAAUAACAUGUCUACAUCCCUGGAGCGGCCAGAGAAUGUGGAUUUCAAACAGGUAGAUUCAGGGGUGCACCAACUGAAGGGAAGUAGCUCAAGUGUUGGUGCAAGGAGGGUAAAAAAUGUGUGUAUAUCUUUCAAGGAAUGUUGCGACGUCCAGAAUCGUGAAGGGUGUUUAAGGUGUUUGCAGCAGGUGGAUUAUGAAUAUAAGAUGUUAAAGACCAAACUUCAGGAUCUCUUUAAUCUAGAGCAACAGAUCCUCCAAGCUGGAGGUACAAUUCCUCAGGUGGAUAUAAAUGAGACCGACACUCUUCUUAAUUUUGCAAAUGUUCAAGGCUAAACACACGGUGACACUGACACUCCUCUGUGGGAUUUAUUGACUCUAGUGGGUUCAUGAUUUGGGUUUAAGACGUAAGGCAAAAGGGUAUUAGGAGAUGUGGUUAUGUGUGGAUUAAUCAACAAUGAUUUGUUUGAAUAAUGAAUCUUACACCGUUUG